AUGGAACAAGUCUUUGCUUCGGCAUACUGCACAAUAGCCGCGACAUCAGCAUCAGACUCGCGUGCUGGCUUCUUGGCAGAGUCUGUCAAUAACCAGGGCAUCUACGUUCUAGAUGCGUCAGAACAAUGUCUUUACGUUUCGACAAACGUGGCAGACUUCGAUGAGGAUGUGAACGCAGCCGAGCUCAACAAAAGGGCUUGGGUGAUGCAAGAGCGAUAUCUCUCGCCACGAACGAUCCACUUCACCAGCACUCAGGACUUUGCGCUCGCUGCCGAAUGCCUGGUUGUCGCGAUCCACGUCGAGGACUCUUGCAGCCAGUCUUCGAUUAGUUGGGAGUUGGCUUCUUCUCGGGAAAAUGAGAGCAAACACCCACCAAUUCUGCCGGAUCAAUCCAGUUAUGGUGGUCGACUGCUUGCGCAUCCAUCGACGCUCGUCCAGUCUGGCCUCACUGAUGCUUGUCAUGAUGUUAUCGAGGGCUGCGUGCUGGGUCAGAACUGCCAGCAGGAGGUUCGCGAGCAGCGGUUGCAGAGUGCUGUGGUGUCAGAGUGCCGUAAACGCGCCGACAAGUUCUCUGAUCCGUCGGUGGGUAGUGUUGGCAUUGAAUGUCAUCGGGUCGUGUUCGGACUCAUCCCACGGGCCAGUCUGACCGUCGAUGUUGGAUGGGUAGCGAAAGGCAUCCUGCAGGUCGAGGCUGCUGCCGCAAGCCACGAUUUGUUCGGCAGCGUGAUGAGAUGCGCGGCAAGAGAUACGGGCGCAGACGUCUUGGUCGAAAUGAUAGGCGAAGCCGCCUUUUCGCCUUGA